AUGCGCUGCUCAAUACUGUCCCUCAACUUCCUGGCCCUGGCCGUUUCCGCCUACCCGUAUCCACCGGCCUUGAUAGACCAACAUGAGUAUCGGGCACCAAGCGCUAACGACAGCCGGUCUCCUUGCCCCAUGAUGAAUACUCUGGCAAACCACGGCUACGUGGCCCGCAACGGCAGGAACAUCUCCCUCGCCGACAUGCAGGCCGGCUUCGAGGCAGCCAUCAACCUGGAACCGAGCUUCUCCAUCGGCCCCUUUGGCGUCGCCGUGACCGCCUCGACCACCGGCCGCAAUGACACGUUUAACCUGCACGACCUGUUGAAGCACAACCUGAUCGAGCACGAUCUGAGCUUGAGCCGCAAAGAUGCCUUCUUAGGCGACGCGCUGAACUUUGACGAGGAAGUUUGGGCAGGCACUUCUGCCGUCUGGAGGAACACCAACGCCACUACCGUCUCGAUCGAGGCUGCGGCCAAGGGCAGACUUGCAAGGAUGGCGAUAGACAAGGUUGAGAACCCCGCGUAUAACCUUACGGCGGCUGGCGAGGCUGCUGGCCUUGGCGAGACCGGGUUGUUUCUGGUUGUCAUGGGUGACAAGGUCGAGGGUAACGCGAGGGUGGACUGGGUCGACAUCUUCUUCCGCGAGUCUAGGCUUCCGUUCGCCGAGGGGUGGACGAGAUCAACAGAGGUGAUCACCUCGGAGCAUGUCGCCAACAUGAAGGCGAAGAUUGUCGAGUUCUCUAGCUAA